AUGAAAUGUUAUUAUUUAAUAAUAAAAGGAAUUUUAUAUAAAUAUCUAAUAUAAAUUUAAGAGAGAUUCUUGUAAGGAGAUGGAUCUUCGUAGUAUGUCAGAUAAAAAGAGCAAUAAAAAUUGUAUUAAAGGAUUGAUGAGGAAGAUUAAUUAGAAGGAUAAGAAAAUGAGAAGGAAUUUAAAAUAAGAUUGAAAUACUGGAAUCACAUUGAACAAUAGAAUAGAGGAUAAACCUUAUAGUGAA